AUGAAGUUUUGGCUAGCAGGCAUUCUUGGUCUGAUUAGCGUGACCACUACGGCAGGCAACAGCUUAAGUUGUAUCUCGAGGGUCUGGACACGAAGUGCAUUCAAUUUGAUAGUUUUUGCGGUAUGGUCAACGACCCAUGUUAAUGCAGCAGCAAGUUCGAGUACAUCCAGUUGGGAUGAGAAAGUACAUGAGGCAGUGACACCGAAGGAGUUACGUUUGGAUCUAGGUUCGUUCAGCGAAUAUCCCAAGUUAGUAUUGGAAGUAUUGCGUGCUGGUGCAAAGAGUUCAGCGUAUGCGGCGGAAUCAUCGGAUGCUUGGCGACCAAUAUUGGAUUUGGCGAGAAAGUUUCAUGAGAAGAAUGACCACUAUCUGGUGGAUUUUGGUACCAGUGCAAUUAGGGGAUUAUUAGAAAGCAGCAAAGUAUAUUGUUAUGACCGCGUGGAUUUAUUGGAGAAUCGAUCACAGAAGAGUGUGGAUAAGAGUCCAACGGUUUUUUAUAACCUGGCCUCCAUCGCAUUGAGAGGUGGGAUAUCUGGAUAUGAGUGGCGCGGAUUAUCUUUUGAAUCGUCAGUUAAUUAUGCCGAAUAUCGCUUAAUGUUUGAGCGUGAUACUGAUGUGUCUGUUUUCAAUCUGAGUAAUCCAGAUGAGUUCUAUCGUAAGACCGUAGCUGUGACCUGUUUGGUACCGACCACGGUUUACCCGUUUGCCAAGACCUGGCAUCAAGUCGUGAGCGAAAUUUUAAGUCGUGGUGGUCGGACGGACAAAAAUGGCGAGUGGCUGACCAUGAAUUUGCAGGAGGGCCGAGGCAGUAUUAGCCGUCUCUUCGCCGUCAAAUUGGUAAUCCACCCUUCUCGCCAAGACUACCCGGCGGGCAUGUUAGCACGCUCCAUCCAAGAGAACAAUCGAGUACUCUAUAAAGAACCGGCACUGAAACUCAUACACUUCUCAAGUGUAUUGUAUCAACCCGGUGCACGCGGACUCCGUUCGGGUCACUACAUUCCGGUGUACGGUGAUGCCGCACUUACACAGGGCGGCUUAUUCACAAACGACAAGGCCGCCACGGCCGCCACGGCCGCCACGGCCGCCAUGGACGUUCCAAUGGUGGACGCGAAAGCCACGAUUGUGGGCGUUAGUGCUAUUGGAGGUCGCGUGUUCAAUCACCAGCAUAUGACCUUCCCGAUUUUCGUGAGUGAUACGGCACCGAGUGCAGAUUUGCUGUAUACCAUGGGCGACAGCAUGAUGAACGGCUGGCCUAGUGUUUGGGUAGUGUUGGUGGAUAGUAAAGGUACGGCUGCGGCUGCGGCAUCUCGAGGUGCUGCCAGAGGUGGUGCGGUAGGGGACAAAGUGAAGGAUCCAGUUAACUACAGCAUUGCCGCAUUGGCUGGAGCCGCAUGGUUACGAAAUAUUAUGACCAAUUUGUACACUGGGUACACGCACACGAACACACUAUGGAAAGGUGACCUGAAUAGUUACUAUAAUGUGAUAAAGCAGCGCAUGGCGGAAGAAAAGGUCACUGAUCCGGGAUAUGCGGCUAAUGUGUUGGCCGAUAGCGCACGUCGUGGCUUUGUUUGUCCAAAGGCCGAAGAUCCCACCACCGUGGACUAUAAGCAGUGGUUUGAACGUCCGGCUGCUGGCCGUACUCAGACGGGUGGCGCAGGAGCGAAGGGACUUGUACUUAACAAGAUUGCGCCCGCCGUAACUAAAAACGCAAAGUGCAUAUCACCAUGGACGCAGGCGAGCUACACCAAACCGCAUAUGUUCGGCCAGCCGUUCCUGCGUCUACCGCAGGUUCUCGUCUUCGAUUAUGGCUCCGUGACGGGCAAAGAUGUCGAAGUCGGGGCCACCAAGGCAACGGAUACUUUCCUGGAGCAGAUAAAAAAACGUGUGCCGAACAUCAAACCUGAUUUACGUCGAGCUACACUCGUCUUCCAGGACCCCUCACCCCGCGUAAAAGUUAUGACCAAAUUUCUGUUGCCUAACUUCCGCAUUCUUGAUGUUGAAGCACGGAAAGUCCCAACGCACCAAGACUCACAAAAAUUACACGUUGAUGACAUAUUCAGAGCCUCUCAAGACGACUUCGCUUACCAAGACGCUCUCCGCACGAUUCCUCUCACAGAAUUCGAAAAUGACCUUGGUAUGAUCGGAGGAGACACGACCACUGAUAACACAUACAUCAAAGUGAAACGACCUAGCAGCUAUAUAACCAACGCCGCAUAUUCCUCACGUGAUCUUGCCGCUUCCGUCUUCGGUGAUGUCGUGUCUGCCUGCGUCCGACAUCUUGAAGGCGCAACCAAAAACGUUGCAAUCAAAUGGCACCUAUUCCAUGACUUUAUUAACUCAGGAAAAAAUGCACGUGAUGAACAGGCACGUGAUGACGUAUUCAAACGCGAUGUAGCACUCGUCUGUGAUGCCGUCAGUGAUCGUGAAAAGAACACACACGUUUCCAAGGAUACCAAACUAACUCCUCUCGUUAAUAAGAUAUAUGAAGAAUUCGACGUGCAAUCACUAUACUCCAAAUAA